CGCCUCUCGAUGGUGGCGGCUCCCGCUAGAGCGGCCGUUCCGGAGGAGCCGCGGGGCACGCCGGGACGGGGCGGCCGGCCGGUUCCCGCCACGCAGCCGCCAUGGCGGCCUCGCCGGUGCCGGUGCUGGUGCCGGUGCUGCUCCUGCUCCUGCUCCCGCUCCCGGGGAUGGCGGCGGGGGGCGGCGCGGGGCCCGCCUGGGACCCGGCCGGUUACCUGCUCUACUGUCCCUGCAUGGGUCGGUUCGGGAACCAGGCCGAACACUUUCUGGGAGCCUUGGCCUUCGCCCGCGCCCUCAACCGGACCCUGGCCGUGCCGCCGUGGAUCGAGUACCGGCACCACCGCCCGCCCUACACCAACCUGCACGUCCCCUACGCGGAGCACUUCAGGCUGGAGCCGCUGCUGCGGUACCACCGGGUGAUCAGCCUGGAGCAGUUCAUGGAGGAGCUGGCGCCCCGGCACUGGCCCCCGGGCAGGCGGGUGGCUUACUGCUUCGAGGCGGCGGCGCAGAGGAGUCCUGACAAGAGCACCUGCCCUAUGAAGGAUGGAAAUCCAUUUGGUCCCUUCUGGAAUCAGUUCCAAGUGGAUUUUGAUAAGUCUGAGCUCUUCAAGGGAAUCUCCUUCAGUCCUGCAUACAAGGACCAUUGGAUCCAAAGGUUUCCACCAUCCCAGCACCCUGUCCUGGCCCUGCCUGGAGCUCCAGCCCAGUUCCCAGUCCUGGAGGAGCACCGGCCGCUGCAGAAGUUCAUGGUGUGGUCUGAGGCGAUGGUGAAGAAGGGAGAUGCCUACAUCCAGACCCUGCUGGUCAGGCCCUACGUGGGGAUCCACCUGAGGAUCGGCUCGGACUGGAGGAACGCCUGCAACAUGCUGCGGGACGGGGCGGCCGGGCCGCACUUCAUGGCCUCCCCGCAGUGCGUGGGCUACGAGCGGAGCGCGGCCGCCGCCCUCACCGCCGAGAUGUGCCUGCCCAGCCUGCGCGAGAUCCGCCGCGCCCUGCAGCUCUGGGUGCACCGCGCGCGGGCGCGGGCUGUGUACGUCGCCACCGACUCGGAGCCCUACACGGCUGAGCUGCAGCAGCUGUUCCAGGGAAAGGUCAAGGUGGUGAGCCUGCAGCCCGAGGUGCCUCAGGUGGAUCUCUACAUCCUUGGCCAGGCCGACCAUUUCAUCGGGAACUGCGUCUCCUCAUUCACCGCCUUCGUCAAGCGGGAGCGUGACGUGCAUGGAAAACCCUCCUCCUUCUUUGGCAUGGACGACCCACCACGGCUUCGGGAUGAGUUCUGACCAAGGGAGGAGCAGGCUCCCUGGUUUUCAGCCUCCCAGCGUGGUCCCUGGCUGAGGGGCUGCUCUCCUGCUGCAGCAGCCCCCUCCUCCUCCCCGCAGCCCCUUCUCUCUGACUUCUCCAGCGUGAGGUCAGGCAGAAAAGAAAUGUUUAAUCAUGUUUAUAGGAAGCUAUGAACUCGAUCUAGAUUCUAAGCUGUAGUUCACGUAGCUCCAUCCUCACGGGUGGUUCACCAGCAAUCCCUGUGGAGCAGCUGCUCAGAUUUCCCCUUCUCUGUUAUUUUCCGUUAAAUCUUAGUAAUUAUUUUUCCCAGAGAUGUUGUGAAGCUUCAUGUCCAAAACUGACCAGAAGUUCUUUUUAAGUGCAAAAUAUUAUCAGGAACAUCACAUUCUCUGGAAGGGGAGUGCCAGGUAAGGCCUGGACCUCGGAAGCUCUGGGUUUUGCCCAGUACUGUUGUUUUUCUGGACCCAGGUCACUCUGUGCCUCGGUGCCCCUGGCAGGAGAUCUCCCACCUGCUCUGGGGCACCUGGGGUUUUUAUCUGCACUUUGUAAGAUAACACCCCUGGCAGCAGAGCCCCCCUUUGGGGGGUGGUUCCUCAGGGAGAUACUGGUGGCAAGUGUCCACUGAUGGUGAGACAGCCACCCAAAAACCUUCCUUUAGUCCUGGGAACACAAAUAAUCCCAAUCUGCUGCCUCUGAACUUUUCCAAUGCCUUCGGGUGCUGCUGUGGCUUUAUUUUUUGUCCAAAGACAGCACAGAGCUUGCUGUUCCUCUCAGAAGGUGCCAUUUGGGUGCCAGGGCUGGGUGCAGGCUGAGCAGGGAUGUCUCAGAGUGUUUACAUUGAACUCGGAAUGUUUCUUUGUAUUCCUGGUGGUGGGUUUUUUCCUCCUUGGGAAUGUCCCUGAGUGUUGAAUCAGUUUGGAGGAGCAAUGGAGUGAGCAAGAGGGGGCUGAAUGUGAAGGUACCCCCUGUGUCAGGGCACCAAAGGCUCAUCUCUUGUCUACUUAGUGCUGCUGACAGAAAUUCUUGGGAUUUGGUGGUUUCAUGGUCUGUCCAUCCCACGGGAGCUGGUGGCUCCUCGGGAUUCCUGCAUCUCUUUGUUGGGGUGGUCUUCCCUCCCGGCAGAGCAGGAGCAGCUGCUCCAGGUGCCACCAGGAGCACGGUGUAUGAAGAGAAAACGUUUGGGAUGCUAGUUAUUUGAUUAAUUUUUUUUAAGAAAGGGUAUUUUUGGUAAGAAUUUUUUGUAAUAAUAAAACCUUGAUUUUGUAUUCA